UGUGUCUGCCUUUUUGUCAAAUAUUGACGCUACUGCCGGCGUCUGAACCCGACGCUCCAAGACCAAGUCCGACCCUGUUUACGUGCGCUGCCGGGGGAGAGCAAAACCAGAGGGGGUGGAGAGGGAGCGAAAGCGAGAGAGAGAGCGAGAGCGAGCGAGAGAGAGAGAGAGAGAGGGGAGGAAGAGAGAGAGAGAGGGAGACUGCAAUAUCAUUUGUGAAUCCCUCUCACAGUGCUGCAGAUAGGGGCUGCCAACACAUGCGGCGCGUCUGCAGGUUAGGGAACAGGCUCGAAAUGUGCUGGACACACUGAGGAAUUCAACAGACGUUUCCUGAAAUCAACGAAGGAUUUACAUUUUUAUUUUUCUCCAUCGCUUUUUCCCUUUUUUUAAAAAUUCUUCUCUCUCUCGUGCAACCCAGAAUUUUCUGAUCACAGUGGAGUUGUGUUGCAAAAAAAGAAAGGAGAGAGAGAGAGAUAGAUAGAGAGAGAGAGAGAGAGAACUCCACUGUCUGCUUGCUGACUUGGAGGGAAGAGAGCAGAGUAGGCAACCGGACAGGUAAUUUGCCUCAUAUUCACAUCCCCGAGAUCGGAGAGUUGACAAGGUCUCCGCGCAGUGAGAUGAGUUUGGGGAAACUGCGCGGGCAUUUAAAUAAUCCUCUGACAUAUGUGGACAUAUCAGCGGGGAGAGGGAAUAUCGCAGCCUCACCCUAACAAGGAAAUUCUACCCCACAAACUGUGAGUAAAAACCCCUCGGAUAAGGACUGAAUUUACUUUCUGGUGAUUUGAUUCUUGGACUGUGACAUUUUGGCUUUUUACGCGCAUGAAAUUCAAAUAUUUGUGGCACCGCCCGGAGCGCAGGGAGCCUCUCUGGUGUGUUUCAUGAUAUCAUUGCGGCUUUUUUAUUGCUAAAUCAAGGAAAGAAGCAACUAACACUCAGUGCCGGAGGAGGGAAAAGAGGAAAAAGAGACGAAAAGCCCCGUGCACUUGCUGCUUUCCACUGCAGCAGGAGAGAUGUAGGAAGUCGUCCGGAGGAUGAAGUCUCACGCAUCCCGCAGCAGAGGGCUUUGCUCUUUAUGAAAGCGAUAUUUCCUCUCCACACUCGGACUCUGCUAUAGUGAUUUAAUUCUUUUUUUUUUUUGGUAAUUUUUUCCAAUUCUGAGUGGACAUUUUUUAAUCCAGGGAGAACAAUGAGGACUACUGGUGCAGUGGACUAUUUGUACUAUUGCAUGCUCAUCCUGCAGUUUGUGCAUCAGCCCGCUGCAAAGCAGGUGCUCCGGUACCGUCUGGCUGAGGAGGGACCCGCCGAUGUCAGAGUAGGGAACGUAGCCGGUGACUUGGGCAUCGUCGCCGGCUCCGGUGAGGUGACAUUCACGCUAGAAUCAGGCUCUGAUUUCUUCAAAAUAGACAACAUAACAGGUGAGCUCACCACCAAUGAGAGGCGCAUAGACCGUGAAAAACUACAGCAGUGCCAGAUGAUCUUUGAUGAAAAUGAGUGCUUCAUAGAUUUUGAAGUGUCAGUGAUUGGACCCGCUCAGAGCUGGGUCGACCUCUUUGAGGGAAAAGUCAUCAUAUUAGACAUAAAUGACAACACUCCGUCUUUCCCUUCCCCUGUCCUGACACUGUCUGUGGAGGAAAACAGACCAAUUGGAACCCUUUAUCUGCUUCCCACAGCCACAGACAGAGAUUUUGGAAGAAAUGGAAUAGAGAGAUAUGAGCUUAUCCAGGACAAUGGGGACAACUCAAGGCGCUUGGGCUCCUCUGGGGAUUCAUUCUCCGGGAAGAGGAGAUUUGAGGAAGGCGCAAGCAGGAGCAGCGUCUUUGAACUGCAAGUUGCUGACACUACUGAUGGAGAGAAGCAGCCUCAGCUCAUCAUUAAAGGGGCCCUUGAUAGGGAACAGAGAGACUCCUAUGAGCUUACGCUGCGCGUGAGGGAUGGAGGCGAUCCUCCUCGCUCUUCCCAGGCCAUUCUUAGGGUGAUGAUCACUGAUGUGAAUGACAACAGCCCUCGCUUUGAGAAGAGUGUGUAUGAAGCUGACCUACCGGAAAACAGCUCCCCUGGUGCCCCCAUUCUUCAGCUGAAAGCGGCUGAUGCAGACGUGGGGGUUAAUGGUCAAAUAGAGUAUGUGUUCGGGGCAGCCACGGAGUCAGUAAGGCGGCUGCUGAGGUUGGAUGAGAGCACAGGGUGGCUGAGUGUCUUGCACCGCAUUGACCGUGAAGAAGUGAGCCAACUGAGGUUCACAGUAAUGGCCCGUGACCGAGGCCAGCCACCGAAAAUGGACAAGGCCACUGUGGUGCUGAACAUCAAGGAUGAGAACGACAACGUUCCUGCCAUAGAGAUACGGAAAAUUGGGCGCAUCUUCUUGAAAGAUGGGAUAGCAAACGUGGCAGAGGAUGUGGUCGUGGACACACCCAUCGCCUUGGUUCAGGUGUCAGACCGGGACCAAGGGGAGAACGGCAUUGUCACCUGCACAGUGGUGGGGGAUGUCCCCUUUCAGCUCAAACCAGCCAGUGAAAUGGAGGGUGAGCAGAAUAAAAAGAAAUACUUCCUCCACACGUCUGCACCGCUGGACUAUGAAGCCACACAGGAAUACAAUGUGGUCAUUGUUGCUGUGGACUCCGGAAGCCCCAGCUUAACGAGUAAUAACUCUGUUAUCGUCAAGGUGGGCGACACUAAUGACAACCCUCCUGUCUUCAGCCAGAACGUGGUAGAGGUGUCGUUCCCAGAAAACAAUCCCCCUGGCGAGAGGGUGACGACAGUGGCAGCCAUAGAUGCAGAUAGUGGGAAGAACGCUGAAAUAGCCUACUCCCUUGACUCGUCAGUAAAUGGGCUUUUCUCCAUUGAUGCAGACAGUGGGGACAUCCGGGUAAACACCAUCUUGGAUAGAGAGCAAACUGAGCGCUAUGAAUUCAAAGUGAUAGCCAAAGAUAAGGGAAUAAACACCCUUCAGGGCUCGGCGACAGUGGUCGUCCUCGUGGCAGACAAGAAUGACAACGCACCAAAGUUCAUGCAGGACGUGUUCACCUUCUAUGUCAAAGAAAACCUCGAGCCCAACAGCCCAGUUGGCAUGGUUACAGUUAUUGAUGCAGAUAAAGGCCAAAAUGCUGAGAUGAGCCUUUUCAUUGAAGAAGAGGAGGACUUUUCGAUCGAGAAUGACACCGGGACUAUUUUCUCCACUUUGUCCUUUGACCGUGAGCAGAGAACUACCUACACCUUCUGUGUCAAAGCUGUGGAUGGAGGUGACCCUCCCAAAUCUGCCACCGCCACAGUUUCUCUCUUCGUCAUGGAUGAAAAUGACAACCCACCAACUGUCACUUUCCCAAUAAACAGCUCCUACACCCUGCUACCGCCUUCAAGUAACAUCAGAACUGUAGUCAGGACUGUCAUUGCAACUGAUACCGAUACCGGGCCCAAUGCAGACCUGAGCUACAGCAUCAUUGGAGGCAACCCCUUCAAGCUGUUUGAGAUUGACGGGGGCACUGGGGUCAUCUCGCUGGUGGGGAAGUUGGAACAGAAGCACUACGGCCUCCACAGACUUGUAGUCCAGGUAAACGACAGUGGCCAGCCUUCACAGAGCACCUGCACAUUAGUUCACGUGUACGUCAAUGAGACUCUUUCCAAUUCCACUGUCGUGGAGGCCCAAGUCGCCAGGAGCCUGAGCACUUCCCUGAACCAGAACAUCGCUGGUGACCCCAACUAUGACCUCAGCAAGCAGCGGCUAAGCAUUGUGAUAGGAGUCGUUUCAGGCAUCAUGACAGUGAUCCUCAUCAUUCUUGUCGUCGUCAUGGCACGCUACUGCCGCCCCAAGAACAAGAAUGGCUAUGAGGCCGGUAAGAAGGACCACGAAGACUUCUUCACGCCCCAGCAGCACGACAAAUCCAAGAAACCCAAGAAAGAUAAGAAGAAACAGAAAUCCAAACAGCCGCUCUACAGCAGCAUCGUCACUGUGGAGGCGUCCAAACCCAACGGGCAGCGCUACGACGGAGUCAACGAAAAGCUGUCGGACAGUCCCGGCAUGGGCCGCUACCGUUCCGUCAACGGAGGACCGGGGAGCCCAGAUCUGGCCCGGCACUACAAGUCCAGUUCGCCGCUCCCUACCGUCCAGCUGCACCCGCAGUCACCAACAGCUGGAAAAAAGCACCAGGCAGUUCAGGACCUGCCCCCUGCCAAUACCUUUGUUGGCACCGGAGAUAACAUUUCCCUUGGAUCUGACCACUGCUCUGAAUACAGCAGUCAAACCAUCAACAAGUACAACAAACAGCCGUUUCGCCGAGUGACCUUCUCGGUGGUGAGCCAGCCCCAGGACCCUCACCAGCAGGGAUCGCUGCAGAGCUGCUACGACAGCGGCCUGGACGAGUCGGAGACGCCCAGCAGCAAGAGUUCAUCGGGCCCCCGACUGGGCGCCCUUCCCCUGCCUGAGGACAGCUACGAGAGGACUACGCCGGAUGGCAGUGUCGGUGAGGCAGAGCACAUGGAAAAUGGAGAAAAAGAGCAUUAAAAACUCUCGGCCCUUGCCUGACGUAGCCAUGACUGGCAAGUGCACCCGGGAAUGCGACGAGUACGGCCACUCGGACUCCUGCUGGAUGCCUGUGCGCACGUCGCCCGAGCGACGGCCAUCCAAGUCCACCACCACCCCACAACAACCAAAGCUUUCCACUUUCAUGAGCGGCAACGGCAGCAGCAGCAGCAGCAGCAGCGCCGACCAGCCUGGUAGCCAAGAGACCCUCGCCAUGGCCGCCAUGGCCAACGGAGACCCCACUGCCGCUCACAUGAUGGGCGACCGCAAUCGCAACUUGCUCAACAAGAAGAUGGCCUCCUCCUCCUCCUCCUAUGAGGCCUUUGGAUCGCCUACGUAUGGCUCGCCGGGAAGUGGGGAGGAGACGCUGGGCCAUCCCACUGAGGAGAUCCCACUGGCACCAACCGGGGAGUACAAGCCCACGUCCUGUGGUACUCUGACGCGACGGGAGGUGUACCUGUGAGCUUGCAUCUGCUGUGCCAGAACAUUUGGCAUUGAACACACCAAGCAGUAUCGCUUACCCACCACCGUUACUGCUCUAAAAGUUUUUGGCCACUGUUGUUCCUCACAAGGUAGGACUAAACUUUCUCCAAAGACAUUUGCUCCUUAAUGAAAACUCUUAACGGAUAUACGACCGUACCUUUUUGAAGUGCUAAUCCUGGCCUCGACCUGGAACAAAGUGGAGGAGGAGGACAAUCUGUUGAUGAUUAGACUUGGGAUGUUCUACCGGCGAGUCGGGCUCUUGGGACACAAUCUGCUGCCUGACAGUCAAUCUGUACAAUAACCAACUCAUUUUACAUAUACCGUACAUGCAUGCUUAUCCCCCUGACCCCCCCCCCCCCCCCCCCCCCCAAAAUGAAGGCCUCAUCCCUCGAAGGAGACACUGUACAAAACAAGACAAUUUCUUUUCUGUUUUUUUCUAGAAACAAAGCUGUACAUGUGGACUAUUUUGACUUAAACGUGUGUCUUGGUUAUGCCUUUUUUUAUUUCCAAACAGUGCAGCACUCUGGUAGUGAUGUUCAGUUGCUGCAACAAUAUUUGGGACACACUUGUCUGUGGAUUCUGUCAACUUGACUGUUUGCGACAAAAGUUGACCAAAUCUUAUUGAGAUCUCACAAGGACAGGAAAGACUAAGCUUUAAGUACUCAGCCCCAACCAACACUUCUUGGACAGAAAUGGGAGCCAAUGGAAUUUGCUGCAACAACUCCUUGCUUCAGACCUUCGAUACAACUGGUAUACUACGAACACAAGAUGGCUGAUACUGUCUCACCAGUGUGUGGUACCACACAGAUAAAAUGUCACUCAUUGUACAUAAACAUUGAACCACAAAAACAACGCUAACUGCUCUCAUUCCCUUUUGUCUUGCUACCUUUCCUCAGUCUCUCAUUCUUUGUCUUUGAUUGGUGAGGUUGAGACCAAAACCCCUCUUUUAUGAGAUGCAAAAUCUUAGAGCCAUUGGCUGGUAAAAGCAUGUGUGUACAUGGCUGUGCAUAUCCCAAUCACCUUGGUAGGAUGCUCCUGUUUAUAUCAAGUUGAAACCUGUUUUUCCCCCCAAUCACACACUCACACUGAGGCAGCAGAGCAGAUUCAUUCAGCUGAGGUGCUGGCAGAAAAUCCCGGGUAAGCACAGUGUGUGGCAUGCCGAGAUUAGAAUUCUUGAGGUGCAACUGAAAUUGUAUGUGUGUAUGGGCCAGAUAUGCAGUAUAUAGUGUGUGUGUAUAGGCUAUAUUUAGUGUAUACUGUAGAUGUACACCGAUAAUAGGCUUAGGAGGGCGUAAACAUGGCCCAGCUCGUCCUAAAACAGCUGCAAGGACAGCUUUUACUAUUAUUUCUUUAUUAUUUUGUUCUGUUGUGUGAUAGACUGAGCAAUAAAUAUCAUAAUGUACACGUGACCAACAAGCAUCCACUUCUUUUUCACUUCUUCUCAAGCCUUCAAGGUGGCAUUACCCCCUCACAAACAUGGCCGUCCGAGAGUCCUUUCAGCACUAGUCGAUGUUGCUUUUCCAUAGUGCAUUGGUGAUGGCGUCUUUGAGCACGAAUGUAAGAAUCAGCUCAACGGAGAACAAUCAGAAAGGCGACGUCUGUACCGUCAGGCAGGUCGAAGGAAAACUUUUGGUUGCAGGGUGAGCAAAAUGGCGUCCAAAUGAAACCAAAGCUUCGCACACACGAUGAAGCACCAACCCCCAACCCCAUCCCACCCCCCACUCAUACAGUAUAGCUUUCCAAGAGAACUUUGCUUUAACAUUACAUGAAGUUUUUGAAUGAAGGAUCGAGAUCAAACAAGAAUGUGACGUCUCGACGAACCAUCCGUUACAUCCUCACAAGCUAACGCUAACCCACAAUGUUGAGAUGUUGUGCCUCCCUUGUCCACAGUGAUGUUUCUUUUUCGCAGCUACAGAGGCGCAAAUCUCAUGACUGUAAUAAAACAAAAGAUUAACAGAUGCAAUGGAACUCUUUUUUGUAUGUUAGCAAAACCCCUUUGGUUUGACCGGAGCUGCUCUUUCUGCACUCUGGCGAUCUAUAGUCUGUAAGUACUACUCGUUGUUGGAAAGAAAGUGCUCCUAUACUUAUCAACUGUAUACAUAAAUAUUUACUUUUUACUGCACGUUUAAUGGGAACUUACUUCACUUACUGAGAAGGAAGAAGAAAAAAAAACUGUAAAACAAAAUGUACAAAAAAAUGUUUCCCUGUAAACAUGGAAAUCCACCUUGUUGCUUGCUUUUGUUAUACCUAAAGAAACAUGUAGUACAACUUAGUACAUCAGUUACGACCAUACUGUUAAUUUUUAUAUUUUUUUAACAUUAUCAAAUAUCGUCAUUGUCUCUGACAUCACAACACAAACCCAAAUAUGUUUCAUUUACAUCAACUUUAUGCCAUCAGCAAACUUUUACCCUCAUCUUGUAUUUGACUUUACUUUGUUAUAGCGUAUGUCGAUUUUACACUAUAAAAAUCAAAAGCGUUCAAAUGAUCAUGACAAAUGUACUAUGUGUUUUUUUUUUCUUUAUCUGGUGCCACUUUGUAUAUUUAGAGUGCUUCUGAAAAAAAAUAAUCAAAAAACAUAAAAAAUACUAGAGUGAAUGCAAAUAUGCAAUUGUGCCUUUUUAUACCAAUUGGUAUGAUUCAAUGUCGGUUCGGAAUGGUGCAUAAACAAUUACAUUGCUUUUCAAAAAGUAGAUGGGGUGGCAUUUAAGAGUGGGCUGAAAAUUUGCAUAUCUUAGAUGAAAUCCCAUGAUGUCAAAGGCUUCUUUGGAGGACAAACAGUCAAAUGUCAGUGAGCCUGGAAGUCGACGGCUAUCGCUCACUGGGGUCAAUUAUCCUGUUGAAAUAUCCAUUCCUAGCAUAGUGCAUUACCGAAUGAGUACAGGUACAUUCAAAAGUUGCUUGUUGGUAGUAAUAAUAAUGAUAUAAUGGAUUUUUUUGUCGUGUUCCACUCAUGUACAUGUACGACAUCAGAGGUCAAGUAACCUUUGUGCAUGAAACAAGCUCUAGGACUGAAUAUAGAAGCAUCGAGAGAUAGAGAGCGGGGUGAAAAGAGUGAGAAAAAAAAAACGCUUGGAGACAUUUGACUGCCGAGAGUUGAGGGAGCCUAGAGAUAAAAAUGCUAAUGUGACGGUGUACUAGGAGUUGGAAGGGGGAGAGGAGGGGAGAGGAAAUAAAAAAAAAGCUGCAAGGGAGAGUAGCUGACAGAACACACACCUCAGGAUGUGCAGAGCAACACAACACCCGUACGCAAAUUCACAGUGUAUGCAUAUCAGAGUAUGUGAUGAAACCUUGUCCUACAAAUAAGCACGGUGUGAUGUUUGCUAUGAUAUUGCAAGGUGAUGCUUGGAGUUUCCAGAUCAGAUGGAGUGAAAGCAGACCGUGUAGAGAACCUCAAACAAAAAGAGAAGCCACUGAAUACAGUUUUAUUCACUGGGGUGACAAACAUUCACUGAAAACAUGGCCUGCGCAACACCUGCCAUUAAAAUGUUUGUAUCUCUUUGCCCGAGGCGUGUGUUCAGUCGGUGCUCUCCACUAUUCAUAUAGCCUUCACAGUGUGUAAUGAGAUUUGUAAUAUUAACCAUUACUAUUUGUCCUGCGACUUGGAUGUUGAUAUAGAAAUUGAGGAACCAAUUUAUCAUCGUUUAAUAUGAGUCACUAUGCACGCAGCUUAGCUGAACAUGGCAAAGUGUAUUGAACGCAAGUCCACUUCUAUUUAUGAGAUAUUUUACAUAAUUUAAUUUGCUUUUGUACAGGUUUGUGUAAAUAAAUUGCUUGUCAUUUUUGUCUCUGCAGAAAUUAAAAUAUAACAUGGUAAAACAA